AUAUGGCGACUUGUAAAGAGACAGAAUCAGUUAUGAUGGGUGCUGGCAAAGAUGAUGAUGAACCGCCAACGAAGAAGACAAAGACUGAUGAUGAUAACAUUGGUGACGACUGUACAGGAGUAGAUCUAGAAGACAAAGCUGCCAACAAUGGUGUUCCAUCGUCAGAAAUACUUCCGAGGAAAGAGACAGAUGAAAAUGAAAGUGCUGGUGAUGAACCGGCCAGGAAAAAGAGAAAGAAUGAGGAAAAAAGCAGCGAAACUGGGGAACAGAAAACCGUUGACGGUGUAACACCACAUGAUAGCGGGCCCAUUCCCGUCAAAGUUGAUGAAACUGCCGAGAAUUCAGUAUCGACGGAUGAGAAACUUGAGGUUGAGUCAACUGAUAAGACGAAGGAGAAGUUGGAAAAACCUGACAGUAAGACCUCCGGUGGUAAAGAUCGGAACUCUCAGCCUCAGCAACAAUACAGCGGCCCGCUCACUGAAACAGAGGCUGGCAUCACGGAAUACAUGAGCGACCACUCCGGAUUCUCUGCCAUUAUCAAACAACGGUAUUCAGAUUUUAUUGUCAACGAAAUCGACCAAGAUGGACAAAUCAUUCACCUGACAGACAUGAGCCCUCCGGUAGACGAUGACGAUGCAGAAACCUCGGAGCAGAAGAAGACGCCCGGCUCUGACGUGAUCUCCGCUGAAGACUGGACCAAGUUGGAGCAGCUGGUCGCCUCGGACGACAGAAAGGCAACGGUCAACAUUCCGGCCCCGGCAGACAAGGAACAGCGCACCAAGGUCCACCUGGCGGUGAAGGUAACGUUCCCUCAGCUGGAGACAAAGACCAUAGAGGAGGACGACGGCAAGUUUAUCCAGGCGUUCUGGAAGAAAGGAAAGGGGCGUGACGGAGGCAGAGACGACUGGCCAGCCUCCAAAAAGGCGUGUCGCUACGUCAGGUUUGUGCUGUACAAGGAGAACAAGGACACCAUGGACGCCAUCGGACUCAUGGCCAAAAACCUCAGAGUCAAGGAGAAUCUGUUCCAGUACGCGGGCACCAAGGACAAGCGAGCGAAGACUUCCCAGGAAGUGACGGCCCUCAAAAUUCACCCGAAGAAGCUUCUGACCUUGAACAAGGUGCUGUGGAACUUUGGUGUGGGAAACUGCAGAUAUGUCAAGGAACCUCUAAAACUGGGACAGCUCAAUGGCAACCACUUCACUAUAGUGCUCAGAAACGUCCAAGGCGACCCAGAGGUGGUGGAAAAAGCCUUAAAAUGCCUGGAGUCGGAGGGGUUUGUCAACUACUUCGGCAUGCAGAGAUUUGGCACCACGUCCGUUCCAACUCACCACGUGGGAAGGGCACUUCUGUCCGCAGACUGGGACAAGGCCGUGGACCUCAUCCUGAUGCCGAGGAAUGAUCACUCGUCCAAGGACAGCUUCCAGACGGUGUGGGCGGAGUCUCGCGACCCUGAGCAGACGCUGAAUGCCACGCCCCCUUACUGCGGCCUUGAGAGGAACCUGCUGCAGGGUCUCAAGAACAAACUGCCUCCGCUCAACGCUUUGGAGAAGAUCUCGCGCAACACGCGUCUGCUGUACGUACACAGCUACCAGGCGUACGUCUGGAACAGCAUGGUGUCUCGGAGACUGAGGGAGCUGGGCCGGGCGCCGGUCAAGGGAGAUCUGGUCAUGCCCAGCGCGGGCGCGGACGGUGGGGGAGAACAAGGAGAGAAGCCGAGCCCGGUGGUGUUGACGGAGGAAAACCUGGCCCAGUACAGCCUGAGGGACGUGGUUCUGCCGCUGCCAGGUCACAGCAUCGUCUACCCCGAUAACCACGUGCGUGACUGGUAUCGACUGAUGCUGCAGGAAGACGGCCUUGACAUUGACAAAAUGGAACGACCUCAGAAAGACUACUCGCUGCCCGGAGCCUACCGCCACCUGGUGGUGUACCCGACGGACGUCUCGUGGACGCACAGACUUUACGACGACUACACCACCCCGCUCACCCUCAGUGACCUUGACCGCGUGAAGAAGACGGAGCUGCCUGCGUCCGACACCGGCAAGGUGAAGGCCGUGGUGCUGGAGAUGUCCUUGCCGAGCUCAACCUACGCGACCAUGGCCUUGAGGGAGGUCAUGAGGGUGGACACGUCUGCCAGACACCAGACGGCGCUCAACGUCACAUGACCUACUUUCGGACGGGGUAAUUUAAUUUGGUGCUUUUUGUUCUCAGUGGAUAGGGGAAAAGUUGUCGGAAUCACCACAGUUAGUGUUUCUACUUGGUAGGUUUGUGUGUUGGGAACAAAUGUUUGCUUGUUUUAUGUGUCUGUUUUGAGGCUUUUCUUUGGUCGCUGGCUUUGCCGAGAGUGUUAAAAAAAACUUGUGAAAUUAGAAAUUGUCGAGUUUGGACUAUGGAAACUUCUGUUGUUGCAAUAGGGAGUUUUCUCCAGUCUUUCAGCAUCGUGUGACUUCUUGAAGUUUUAUCGUUGUAAGAAAAGAUUGAUGAGCUUUUUGAUGGUUAAGUCUUGUGUAUGAUGAAGGAAAUGAUGAAGGAAAUGAUGAAGGAAAACGUGCAGGUUGCCAGGGAAAGAAGAGUAUGUCCGACUCAAUGGAGUCCGCUUCUUCUGCGGGACUGCCACAUUUUCCUCAGUUUAGCCGUCACUGUUUUCAAUGAAGAGAAGUUGCUCAAAUAGUGAAGGAAAAAAAAGUGAAAUCAUUUUCUUUCGGUCAACCUCUGUUUCCGAACAGUGUUUGGUUUAAGUGGACUCCACCUUUUUGUCAUGGUCAUAAGACAAUUGCCUUUGUCAUUUUUCUAGGGAGAGUUUCUAGAUACUGAUACCGUUAAAAUGCCCGUUACUUUUUGUAUCCCCAAUAUAGCGGCGUGUAUUCAAAGUCCAAUUACUGAGUCAGAAACAUUGACCUAGUAAGUGAUUUUUAAAUUUUUUUUUUUGGGGGUUAUUGUUGGGGCGUGGUUCUGGUUGGCUUUUUUUUUAGUUUUCUCAAAACAGCAAAAAAUGAUUUCGGCAACUGUGUUGAGUUCCGACAAUAUGCAUCAGAAUGUUGUAAAUAAAAGUGAAAAUGAAAC